UGGGAAGCAUGAAUGAUGCCGGUAGUGGGGCCCACGUCCUCUCAAUUCACCUGGCUGGAGGGCCCAUGCACCGUGCAUACAGCUGGAAGCCACGCUCAGAGCGCUUGGAAGACUUCAAAGUCUUCAAGCUCCGUUUCCUCGCUCGACCCGGCAAACACUUCUUUGAGAGCUAGGCUUUUUUCCGUGUGCAGAGCAUGAGGAGGGCCCGACCUCCUUCGCAAACCCAGCGAUCAACGUCCCCCCCGUCGUCCCAAGCGACUACGGCAACCGACCCCUCCGACGACUUGGCUAGCCAGUACCAGGAGCCAUCGAUAUUCAUUUUCACGAAGCCCUUUCCCGGCAGCGACCACGAACACGUGGUUGAAACCUUCAGUCAGCCAAGGGCAAAGGCCUAUCUUGUUCGCACGCGAGGGAGACAGGGAGAGAGCUGCUAAAGCUAAAGUUUAAAAUGGGGAGCUCAGAGGUAGGAACAUCAUCCGGAAGCGAGUAUCAAGUGUUCCUGAGCUUCAGAGGACCCGACACUCGUUAUGGAUUUACCGACUGCCUCUACCAUAACUUGACCGAUGCCGGCAUCUGUGUCUUUCGAGAUGAUGAGGAGCUCCAUGCUGGUGAAAGAAUCGAUGAAGCGCUCCAGGGAGCAAUCGACAACGCUAGGAUCUACAUACCCAUCUUCUCUCGAACCUAUGCUUCGAGCAAAUGGUGUCUCCGCGAGCUUGCACAGAUUGUGGAGAACACCUCUAAGUCGAAUGGGAAUAAAGAGAUCCUACCUAUUUUCUUUAAAGUGAAACCUAAAGAUGUUAAGCUGAAAACCCAGUUAUAUAAGAAUGCCAUUUCCAAGUUGGAGUGCGAGGAGCAGUUGAGCACUGAACAAGUAGAUACCUGGAGAGAGGCUUUGAAGGAGGUUGCUGCAAUGAAGGGUUGGGAAGUCGAGAAACGCGAACGCCAAGGCAAACUAAUCAAGUUUGUCGUUGAGGAGGUUGUGGAUAAGUUGAAGAUGAAGGAAAAGCCCGUGACUGAACAUUUAAUUGGAAUCGAUGAUCGAGUGAGAACAGUAAGAAAUAUGUUAGACGUAGACUCUGGAGGUGUGCGGUGCAUUCAAAUUUAUGGCAUGGGGGGUAUCGGUAAAACGACCCUUGCCAAGGUCGUGUUCAAUCAACUUUCUACCCACUUUGGAAGGUGUUGCUGCUUUCUUGAAGAUGUUCGAGAAAAGUCGUCAAGAACGGAUGGCUUGGUUGAAUUGCAAAAGAAGUUAUUAUCUGAAAUAGGAAAUGCUGCAGGAACAGCAAACAUCGAUGAAACUGACAAGGGAAUGAGGAGGAUUGAAGAAACACUUAGCAAUAAGAAGGUCUUCAUUGUACUGGAUGAUGUUGAUAAAAGUGAACAAGUGGAGAAACUAGUUGGAAAAGGUGCUUUGUGUUCAGGGUCUAGAGUACUGAUUACUACUAGGAACAUUGAUGUUUUGCGAAUCACUGGACCAAAGUACGAUAUAUUAGAUUAUGAAAUGGAGGUGAUGAGUAGUGAUUAUGCGCUUCAGCUCUUCAGCAAACAUGCAUUUAAGAAGGACUCUCCUUCGGAUGAUCGUUAUGAUAUUUCAAAGAAAAUUGUAUCUACUACCGGAAGACUUCCUUUGACUAUUAGAGUAAUUGGUUCAUUUCUGUUCACACAAACUCAAGAACUAUGGGAAGAAACAUUGGACAAAUUAAGCAAAGCACUUCCAGAGGAUGUUUAUAAAAAGUUGAGGAUUAGCUUUGAUGCAUUGACUUUUGAGCAACAACAAAUUUUUCUGGAUAUUGCAUGCUUUUUCAUUGGUGAGGAAAAGACAAAUGCAAUUCAUAUGUGGAGAGAUUGUGACUUUUUCCCAAUUAGUGGAAUUGCGGUCCUCAAUAACAUGUCCUUGAUAAAGAUUGUAAAAGACAAUAAGUUUUGGAUGCACGAUCAACUUAGAGAUCUUGGAAGGGAAAUUGUUCGUCAAGAAAAUCUGACGAAUCCGGAAGAGCGUAGUAGGUUAUGGAUUCAAGAGGAAGUCCUUAGCGCAAUAAGUUCAAAGAAGACGAAGAACAAUGUUCGAGCAAUUGAACUCAAUCUUCAUGUCCCUAUCAGAAGUGAAGAGAUUAGAAGGUUUAAAGAACUACGGUUCCUUAAAUUAGAUGGAGGAACCGUUGUUGGCGACCUAACUGAUUGUUUUCCCGAAUUAAGAUGGAUUUAUUGGAGAUAUCCUUCUUCACCGUGUGAGAUGACCAAUAUGCGCUUAAAUAAUGUAGUCAUUCUUGAAUUUACUUCAGUUCACUUUAUAGAUGAUCAGAAAUUAUUUGACUUAAUAAAGGAGGCAAGAAAAUUGAAAGUUCUUAGUUUUGAGAAUUGUCAAAAGAUAACCAGAAUGCCAGAUUCAUUAGGAUGCUCAACUUUAAAGAGGCUGACUUUUGGGUAUCGCCAUGGUUUAGGGAAGAUUGACGGCUCUAUCGGAAAGCUUGAGAAUCUGGAAGUGCUUUGGGUUAAAGGAAAUUUGAAAGGUCAAAUUCCUUAUGAAAUUGGCUUGCUUCCGCGGCUGCAAAAACUGGUGUUAGAAGAAUGUUAUGAAAUCCGAGAGUUGCCGGCACUCCCAAUAAGUCUAACCCAUCUGAUAGUGCCAUCUACGUCAUUGCAGGUUGUUCCGGACCUCUCAAACUUGACUAAUUUGGUUGAGUUGGACCUAAGUGACAACUUUCAUAUGGGCGGAAUUUCUACCAGUGACUUGAGGUGGAUUGGGAGGUUCUCUAACAUGGGCAGACGAGAUAGAAUUCUUACCGGUGACUUAAGGUGGAUUGGGAGGUUAUCCAAACUGGAACAGUUGAGAUUGGGUCUCCCCCGUGUCCCUGCUCCCACUGAGUUGGCUUCCCUUCCUAAGCUUAACCGACUCCUUUUGUCUGGAUUGGACCUGCAAACCUUCACGCAAGUUCCCUCUUCUCUAUUAGAGCUAACCCUUGAGAAUUUCAAUUCAAUCGCGUUACACUCCUUCGACCUGAAGAAUUUGUCAGAUUUAAGGCUCUUUUGCUCUCAAAUGCAAGAGAUUCAACUCGAUGGGCUUCAUCUUCCAAAUUUAACAAUGCUUUACGUUGAAAAUUGUGGACCCCUCGAGAGAUUCAUGCUAUCCAGCAUGAGGAAGCUAAAAGAGGUCGCCAUGAGUGAGUGCCCAAAACUAGACGAGAUCCACAUCGCCGGGGUGUUGGAAUCGUUGGAAAUAUUGGAUAUUUUUGACUGUGAGUCCUUCAGAAGGUUCGUGUACGUCGACACACAUUGGGAAUCUUCUCAUGAAUCUUCACUAAUCCUUGCAUCGAGAGUCUUCAAUAAGUUGUGGCGUCUCUCGCUACAGAGUUGCGAUAAGAUACUCAGUAUUCAAGUUGUUGGUAUGUCGGAAUCGUUGGAAGAGUUGGCAUUUUCUGGUGAUCAUUUGCAAAGUGUUUGUGGUUUGUCAAACUUAAAGUACCUCAAGUCCUUCGAAAUAGAUUCCGCCCGUGAGCUACGGAUUGUCAAGGGCCUCGAUGAGUUAAAGUUCUUGAACAAUUUGGAACUUAUGCUAUGCUGUUCGUUGGAAAGUUUGAUUGAUGUAUCGACCACCCAAUUGCCAAAUGAUUGCCAUGUAUAUAUCUUCUGUUGCCCGAAAUUACGUGGGCUAAAGCGGGGAAUUUUCUCUGGCUCCAUCCAGAGUUUCAAGCAUUACAAGAGUCCGCUGCUUAUUUGUCGAUCCUCCCGUUCUUCAUUCGAGUGUCCCCCUUCCUCUUCGUCGAAUACCCAAAUUUCCUCUUCAUUCGAGUGCGAUGACGUCGAGUCCUCGCACAAGUGCCCAAUGAGGCCGACGACAACGUUGAGUCGUCUUUGUCCAAGCCCGACGGCAUGAAUGACGGUGUUGCAAGCCACUACAUUGAGCUUAAUCCCAUUUCUUGUAUUUUGCUUUCGUUCUGAUGGAGAUAUGUGAACUCAUUUGAGGUGUUUACUAUUGUGGAUUGAUUAAAUCUGAAGUUUAGGAGUGAUGUCAAUGGGUAUAUGCACAAACACAGAAAGCUCUUGUGAUCUUACUAGCCUUAGCAAAACGACACGGAUUGUUCGCAUGAUUUUGUUUGGGUUAAUUAAGGCGGGAGCAAACUAUAUAUAAUGCUGGAUUUCGCGGUUCUCUACUUUGGGAACAUGCUAAAAAAAUUGGCGAUAUGGCUUGAUUAUCAUGCAAACUGCCCCUCCGAAAGUUUUUGAAAAUUCAAUUUCAAAUUAUUAUCAAUACAUCUUUUGGCCUGGGGAGUCGAAAUAAUGGUGUCAUCUUUAGUUUAAGUGCUAUUUGUUCAUUUAGAAUCUCCAGAAUAUCCAAUUAUUGUGCGAUUCCUUUAGUAUUGUAUUUGGGAUAUUUUCAAUUUAGAGCUUGAAUGAGCCUACAUAAUUUAUUUGACUAUCUAAAGUGUUAUUUAUUUUUGGAGUGCCAAUUUUCAAGGACAAUGUGGUCUGAGGUGGUGAAGCUUCUACUGGUACAGGACCAUUUGUGCUUUGGGUAAAAAAAAGCAUGUUUUCGUUGUUACAAUCAUCAGCAUUAGAUAGAGACUUAGGGAAGACGGUAUUGCUUUUUCUUCUGUCGCGUUGCCAAAUUUGGUGCUUGGAGCCCAUCGGGCAAUGAGACUAAAACCUGGAUAAAAUGUGUUUGUUUAUGAGUCUUAAAAUUGGUCUGGUCAGUUCUUUGUCAAGUCGAAUUUGAGUAGGGCCAACAUGUGGUUAUUAGGUGUCCUUCCUCUGGUGAGGCCGCGGAAAUGGUGAUAUACAAUGCCAUGGGUUUUGUUAAUGUCUUUGGUUU